AUGUCGACCCCUCUGUCUCCUCUAACGUCCUCGCGACAAAAUUCGCGGACGUUUUCGCCAGCGUCUCGUGCUUCCGUCUCCGGUAAAGGCGGUCUCGAUGAGAUCGCAAUGUCGAAUGGGGCCGCCGAAAAUGCAUUCUCGAGUCCGUUCAAACUCGUCGAAGAAGUGAACACAACCGCUCACGCCGCUGAGUACGGUUCGGAUCGCGAGUUCCACACUCCAGACCUUGGCGAUGAACAGACGGACUUUGUGCUGCCGCCGAGCUCGCCUUUUCAGGAUGCCGCCAGAGAUGAUACCGCCGAUAUCCAAAUGCUGCAGAAGCGGUAUCCAUCACUUGGCCACAGCGACCGCUCUGCGACGCCGCGGAAGCGGUCUUACGAGCAUGGGCCUGAUUCUUAUGAGGUCGACGAAGAGGUCGAUGAGCGGUAUAAGAAGGGAUCGAUUAGAAGAGACGUUCCGGAUAUCAAUAUCCACGAAGAGGAGGAUGUCGGCCUCGGAAUCGAGCCGGCGGUUGAGCGGCACGAGGUGGCGAACAGUAUGGUGGAAGACAAGCGGAACGAGGGCAUGAGCACUGUGCUCCAUGAGAAUGAUAACGAACCAAUCAACGAGGACGAAGACCCCAGCCUUCACGAAGCGAACGAUGCUAUGAACGAUGACUCCCACGACCCAAUGGAUGACACCUGCUUCAGCACCUUUUCGGCUGUGACAAACACGGAUAUGACGGCCUUUGCCAUGUUGCGCAACUCACCGAUCAAGGGGGCCAGACCGCUCCCGAGUAGCCCGAGCAAGGCUGAGAACUUUGAGAACCGUGGGUUCGAACCGAGUACUCCGGCCACGGCCAAGAGGUCCCCGAGAAAGGGCGGACUGCUCGAGAUGAGCUCACCGAACGCGUCGCCUACGCCCCGCAGAAGAGAUGCCGGCAAUCCAAGUGGAACUCCCAAUCUGCUCGACUUCACCGAUCAACUCAACUUCUUCCAGCGCAAGCGCUACAGUAUCCAGAAUGAACGGGGCUCGCCAUUGCGCCGUUCGCCCUUGAGAGCCGCUCGCGAGUCAAUGAGAUCCCCUACAAAGAUGUCUCUUCUCGACUUUGACAUUCCCUCUGCACCCACCCCUCGGUCCAUUCCCACCGUCACUCCGAGGGAGCUGGAGUCUUUGAAGUCCGGGUUCAUGUCGGAGAUCUCGUCCCUGAAGGCGACGCUCAGUGGCAAGGAGGCUGAAGUGGCCAGUCUGAAGCAGGCGGUGGCCGAUGCGGAGCGACGUGUGGGGGAGGCGCUGGAGGAGGUCCGUAAUGAGUCUGCGCGCAAGGAGGCGCUCGAGUUUGAGCAAGCCGAAUGGGAGCGCAGAGGUCAGGAAAUGGAGGAUGUGCUGCGUUCGGUGAAGGCAGAGAUCGUUGACGGCGAGCGAGAGAAGGAGCGGCUUCUGAAGAAGGUGGAAGACUUGGAGAAAGCCAAGGAGCGGCUGGAGAGCAGAAUGGUCGAACUGGAAACACAGCUGGACUCUGCUCGCAAGUCGGCUCCUGCUGAGGAUGGGUCCACUGCGAGCACCUCGAAUACCAAGACGGCAGAGCAAACCGCAAUGGAGGUCCAAGACGCCGUGGAGAAAGUUGCUCGUGAGCUCCACACAUUGUACAAAAGCAAGCACGAAACCAAGGUGGCUGCUUUGAAGAAGAGUUACGAGGGGCGUUGGGAGAAGCGAGUGAGGGAAGCCGAGAACAAGCUGAAGGCUGUCAAUGAGGAAAACGAGCGGUUGAAGUCGGAGCGCGACGCAGCUCUUUCCGAAGCCUCACGACCCGAUGCCAGUAUCAUCGCACACGAAAAGGACGAGCAUGAAGCCGAGAAGCGCGUCUUGGAGGCCCAGAUCAAGGGCUUGCAGCAGGAGAUGGCUGCUCUCAAGAAAGACAGUGACCGACUGCGCAAUGAGCUGAAGGCUGAACGCGCCGAAAAGGGGGAGCUCGUCGCUGCGGUGGAUGAAUGGCUGGCCAUGCAGCAGAAUCAACCUCCGGUCAUGGAGCGCCAAUCGCCCCAGCCCCGGGAUAACAGAUCUCCAGUGCCAGAACCGAUUGAAGCUGCCCCCGAGGAGUUCAGUCGGAGCACGAGCCGCAGCAGCUCCAGCAGCAUCCGUCCUCCGAGCACCGGUUCCGGCCAUGGCGAGAAGAAGAUCCCCAAGAUUGGAGCGCCGGCGAGCCGACACGUCCGGGGCAACAGUGGAGGCAAGUCUGGCAUUGCGGUUUUCACCCCGGGGCGCAGUGGCAUCAUGGGCUCGAUCGAGCGGAUGGGGCGUGGGGUGUGA